CCUUCUCCUGCUGGCUCCUGGUCCACGCUCUCCCCACCCACCUACCUACCUACCGUGUUGGCGCCACCGUCACCAGCACAUAAUAAGGUGCAGGUGGGACGACGCCACGCACAAGACACGGUCUCAUCCCCCCUCACACACUACACUACACCACGAAUAUACCCGCUCUUUUUUUUCUAUAUUAUUUUCCUGGCUGUCCCCUGACCAACAGCCGCCUUAAAACCAUUCUAACAUUAACACGAAGGAAAGAUUGGAUCACGAAUUCCUUGGGAAGUUCUUAAGUCGCGUAAGAGUGCGGUAGCGAGGUGCUGUUGUUACUCUGGGCAUUGGCGAAGGCCCGCGACCCCGCAGGCCAGCCGCACCUCUCACGGUAAUUGAGAGUGGCACCCCCGGGGGCAGUGCCAACCUGUGCCACUCAACCUCCUCCUGCUGCUGCUACACACCUUGGAAAUGAGGACUGACUCAAGAAAAUCAGAUAAGGGGAAUAAGGUCCGGGUUUAGAGGCAGGAGGUGAAGCAGUGAGGAGGUGUACGGUGCGACCCAGGGCACGACGUCCCUCUGUAGGCUUCCUUGCCACACAGCGCCUCACAAACUGUCCUCUAUGUUGAAGGAAUCCAUUACAAAUUAUCAGACGAGACACAGCAAGAAAAAACACCAUCAUGGAUAUUACCGCCGACAAGUGUAGUUGUGUGUGUGUGUGUGUCCUGCGGGCAGUGAACUGUGCCUGUUGAUUUGUUCUUAAGUGACGCGUGCUCGAUAAGUCGUUUAUAGUGACAUUCUUGAUAAUAUGGUCCCGAUAACUUUUCUUUUGUGACCCUUGCAUAGUCAUAUAUAGCGCCUGGUCCCCUGUGUGAAAUAAUACGUAACACAACUAUUUUUUUUGUGAUCAGUGUGUAAGAAUAUAUAAGGCACAUGUUUAUUUGGUGACGUGCGUAAUACUAUAUGAAGCGCACCUAUUUUUUGGGUGUGACGUGUGAGCGGUAAUUUGUUCCUGGUGACGCGAGUGUGGUCAAGACACAUCGCUCUCCAUCUUCACCUGGUGACCAGUGACCGUCACCAUGAUGAGCUACAACAUGGGUGGUGGCGGGAGCGGCGGUGAGGUGGGUUACCUGGACAAGGUGGUGACCGCCCCUGGCUCGCCUAGUGAAAAGCGCUUCACGGUAAGCCACCUCCUGGACCUCCCUGACCUGGUGAGGCUGCCCCAGAGCACGCCCUUCACCCAUGACCUCACCCCGGCCCUCCACGCCCACCCGACGCCCGACCUGGCGGCACUACACCAGCUACAGGGCGCUCCUCACCUAUACCAUUCCGCCAGGUCCCCGUCCCUCCACCACCACCAACAACACCACCACCACCACCACCAGGCACAACAGCAACACACACCUUCAGUCCACCAGCAUCAUCCUGUUGACUGCUCAGUGGCACAGCAACAACAUAUCCACCACCAUCAAAAGCAACAGCAGCAGCAGCAACAACAGCAGCAGCAGCACCACCAUCAGCUGCAACAACAGCAGCACCACCCCCAACAGCAGUCUCAACCACAGACACAGCACACUGCUGCUGGUCAGGUUCGGGUACAGCAGCAGCAGCAGCAGCAACAACAACAACAGCAGCAGCAGCAGCAGCAGCACCGGCAACAACAACAAGGAACGGCAGCUGUCGCGGACAAACAUGUGAGCUGCCCGACGGCGCCCAAGACGGAGACAUCGCCCGCCUCUGCCCCCGACACCGACAAGAGCGACGACGAGGACGCAGAAGGGAGGAAGAAGAAGCCGAGGAGGAACAGGACGACCUUUACGUCUGUACAAUUGACGGCGCUGGAGAAAGUAUUCGAGAGGACGCACUACCCUGACGCCUUCGUCAGAGAGGAACUGGCCAAGCGCACCAACCUCAGCGAGGCCAGAGUCCAGGUGUGGUUCCAGAAUCGCAGAGCCAAGUUCCGGCGCAACGAGCGGAGCGUUCUGGCGCAGCGCAGCUCCUUCCGUCCUACCGACACCACGCCCUCCGCUCCCUCCUCCACAGGCCCUGUCGAGCAGCCCCUCGCUCCCCGGCCCUCAGGGAGUGGCAGUAUGGUCAUGUGUGAUUACAGCGGCUACGGCAGCGUGGGUGUAGGCGUAGGCGUGGCGGCGUGGAAGGGCUCUAGCGGGGGAGUGGGAAGUGCUACACCCCCCUACCUAUCUCACUUCACACCCACCAGCUCCCCGACCCCUAUGUGUACCUCCCUACCUCCAGGACUGGGCGGGACGUACGGCGGAGGUGUAGGUGGGACGGGCCAGAUGAGCGCCGGGGCCUACAUGGGGUCAUCCUUGGCCAGCCUUCGUCUGCGUGCCCACGAGUAUUCCCUCCACCAAGGGCAAGUGUGAGGAGCACCCAAGUUCCCCAACACACGCCUCACACACCUGCUGCCAAUAUGCUCACCUAACGUGCACUGGCAUGCCUCUUGUUGCCAGAAAUUGAGGCCAUGUAUUGUCCUCGUGCUACUAAUUGCAGGUGUAAUGAAAAGUUCCUCUGAGCUCCCUACACCAGAGGGAGAGGUAACAAGAGGAGCCGAGAGGUUUUGUACACCUGCUGACAGGCACUCUGCCAGCGAGACAUCUGUGAUCUUGCUGUCCUCCCUGCAACAUCAAAACCAGGGAGGACAGAGUAAAUGACUAACCCGUCCUUAACUGCAGCACAAGAGAGGGCUGCAGCACCUUCACAUAUCCUUCAACAGCAGUACAGCACUACGAUGGACAAAGUACCACCCUAUUUGUCUUUCCCCACUUGCGGAAUCACCACAGCUUCACUUUUCCCCUUCACUCCAGUAGCAUCACCACGGCAACAUAUAAUACCCAAAUAUAGCCUUACUGUCAUCACCAGGAACAUUACCACCACAGCAACUCCUAGAGGACAUACAGAUAUGGACUACACGCUUCUACAAUCUUCUAUUCUGAACCUUUCUCGUCCAUCCAGUGACAUAAGAUUUCCUGUUUUCAUAAACCAAUUAGAAAAUACACCAACAGAACUGGCAUCAACAAUUGAAUACCUUCGUCCUAUAUCCACCAUUUAACAGUCAUUGUGCUCGUAAUGCUCAGAUUGAAAAGUGAACUUUACCAAAGAUAUGCUUUGCUCCAAAUCGGUAGUCAAGUGUUUAAAUAAUAAACUUAUCAAAAAAUGAAUUAAGACUGAACUAUUUGUUGUGCCGUGGCUGAAGGACGAAAAUACAGGAGGACAAGAUACAAGACAGUAAAGGCAGGAAAUGCGGACCCUAAUGGCAAGUGACGAUCCUUGAUGGAUGACACCUGGGGUAGGAGGUAUGAUCCCUUGGGCUGGAAAUGAUGCAUAACACCGAGUGCAAGAGGUUUGAUACUAACUACAAGGAUGGAUGGCGUCAGGGGUAGAAGAUAUGAUGCUAUAGAGCUAGGACAUUGGCCUUUGUACAGUAGGCAAGACAGAUCCGGUAUGUUUGGUCGCUGUUUAACGGCACCGGACAGCCAAGGUCCAGCAGUGUUAAGCAUACCUAAAGACCACAUGAAUGUGGGCUCCACCUGGGGCACUUUUGUGUAAGUCAAAAGCGUGUGUUUGGAAGGACAUUUCUCAGUCAGGCAGUGAGUUCCGUUUGUUCGGAAGGUUGAAGGUGCAUUUUUCAGAAGCCAGGCAACUGUUCAUUGUGCUUGGAAGGCACGCAUAUGUUUCCUUGUGCUUGAAAGUCACACAGUAUCUCCUAUUUGUGUUGGAAGGUGCUGUCCACCAGCAGAUCAGUUAUUCAGUGAACGCAGCUUGAUAGAACAACACUGAACCGUUGAUGGAGGAAAUACACAGACAAACACAUUCACUCACAGACGUAAAAAACAAUGAGAAGCCUAAUUGUGAUGGAACUGUCAAUGUGUACUUAUUUGUAUAUAAUAACUAAUACUUCUGAGAGACACUGUCUGUGAAUGACUGAACAAUGUCGUCCUGGUGAUGGUGGCGUCAAUUAAGUGUAUAACAGGAGCUGUUUGUGUUGACACGUGAAACUGCAUUAAUGAAUUAAAACAGUAACUGGUCAUGAAAUCUGUAAUUGAUCAACGGGAAUUAUCCAAAAAGCCUUUGUGAUUACCGAAAGACGCUACAAUACAUGUCACUCUCAAAGGGAGAAAACCUUUUGUUAUUAUAUUUCAAUGUGUCAAAAUAAGAAUCUAUGUUAAAAAAAAUAUUCAGAUUUAAUGGUCAGAUGUUGUUCAUUUAGACGUGGACAAAUUUCUUAUUGGAUGUAAUUAAAAAAAUAAUAUAUUGUGGACCACA